AGUAGUUCCGGCUUCAGCCGCCAUUUCGGGAGAACUUGGGUUUACAGUCGAGACGGCGUCAAGAGCUGAAGAAAAUGUGUUAGUUUUGUUAAUAUUGAAGUUUAAAAAGUGACGAAAUAUAAUGCGUUUUAUUUUUAGAGGGACAAAUAGAUGAUAAUUGUUUAUUGAAAUUGAAAAUAGAUAACAAUCGGACUUGUUCCAUCCAUCCUUUACAUCGCCUUUAGACUGGAAGGGGAGGGCGGUGAAAUCUAAAACGACACCCAACGAGAAGGAAGGAGACCGAAGAAACACUGCGUUUUUUUGUGAUCGAGUGGGUCUGAAGCAAAACUAUUCGACAAAAAAAUCUUCCUCACUUUGUUUUUUGGCACCUUUUUGCCACACGUAAAAGAUUUAAGCUUGACAGGAUGGCGUCCUCUGUGGGCAACGUUGCCGAUAGCACAGAACCAACGAAACGUAUGCUUUCCUUCCAAGGGCUGGCAGAAUUGGCACACCGAGAAUAUCAGUCUGGUGAUUUUGAGGCAGCAGAACGUCAUUGCAUGCAGCUUUGGAGGCAAGAACCGGACAAUACCGGUGUCCUCUUGCUGCUGUCUUCCAUUCACUUCCAGUGUCGUCGCUUAGACCGAUCUGCACAUUUUAGCACUCUGGCUAUAAAGCAGAAUCCAAUGUUAGCUGAAGCAUAUUCUAACUUGGGAAAUGUAUACAAGGAGAGGGGUCAGUUGCAAGAAGCCAUUGAACAUUAUCGACAUGCUUUACGGCUAAAGCCUGAUUUUAUCGAUGGAUACAUUAACCUGGCGGCUGCACUGGUGGCAGCAGGUGACAUGGAAGGCGCUGUACAAGCUUACGUUUCAGCUCUCCAGUACAAUACGGAUUUGUACUGUGUGCGCAGUGACCUGGGGAAUCUCCUUAAAGCCCUGGGUCGCCUUGAGGAAGCCAAGGCCUGCUAUCUGAAAGCUAUUGAGACUCAACCAAAUUUUGCAGUUGCAUGGAGUAAUCUUGGCUGCGUCUUCAAUGCCCAAGGGGAAAUCUGGCUUGCCAUUCAUCAUUUUGAAAAGGCUGUGACCCUAGAUCCAAAUUUCUUAGAUGCUUAUAUAAACCUUGGGAAUGUUCUAAAGGAAGCUCGUAUUUUUGACAGAGCUGUUGCCGCCUACUUACGCGCUCUUAGUUUGAGCCCAAAUCAUGCUGUUGUACAUGGUAAUCUCGCCUGUGUUUAUUAUGAACAAGGAUUAAUUGAUCUUGCUAUUGAUACUUACCGACGUGCUAUUGAACUACAGCCACACUUCCCUGAUGCUUAUUGUAAUCUUGCCAAUGCUCUCAAAGAGAAAGGAAAUGUCGGUGAAGCCGAAGACUGUUACAAUACAGCGUUAAGGCUUUGCCCCACUCAUGCUGACUCUCUUAAUAACUUGGCCAACAUCAAAAGGGAGCAAGGAAACAUUGAGGAAGCUGUCAGACUGUAUAGGAAAGCUUUAGAGGUCUUUCCAGAGUUUGCUGCAGCACACUCGAAUCUUGCAAGUGUUUUACAACAGCAAGGCAAAUUACAAGAAGCUCUCAUGCAUUAUAAAGAGGCUAUUAGGAUUAGUCCUACCUUUGCUGAUGCCUACUCCAAUAUGGGUAACACAUUAAAAGAAAUGCAGGAUGUUCAGGGUGCCUUGCAGUGUUACACACGUGCCAUCCAGAUUAACCCUGCUUUUGCAGAUGCACACAGCAAUCUUGCCUCCAUACAUAAGGAUUCAGGAAAUAUUCCAGAGGCUAUUGCUUCAUAUCGUACUGCCCUUAAGUUAAAACCAGACUUCCCAGAUGCCUAUUGUAACCUGGCACACUGUCUUCAGAUUGUCUGUGAUUGGACAGACUAUGAUGAGAGAAUGAAAAAACUGGUGAGCAUUGUGGCAGAUCAGUUGGAGAAAAACCGCUUGCCUUCAGUACACCCUCAUCACAGCAUGUUAUACCCCCUCUCCCAUGGUUUUCGUAAAGCAAUUGCUGAAAGACAUGGCAAUCUUUGUCUUGAUAAGAUAAAUGUUCUUCACAAACCACCUUAUGAACAUCCAAAAGAUUUAAAGGCCAGUAAUGGGCGACUACGAAUUGGUUAUGUUAGCUCUGAUUUUGGAAAUCAUCCGACAUCACAUCUUAUGCAGUCCAUUCCUGGCAUGCACAGUGCAGAAAAGUUUGAAGUGUUCUGCUAUGCACUUAGUCCGGAUGAUGGCACCAACUUUCGUGUAAAAGUGUCAAAGGAAGCAAGCCAUUUUACAGAUCUUACUCAAUUUCCAUGUAAUGGAAAAGCGGCAGAUAGGAUUCACCAAGAUGGAAUUCACAUUCUUAUUAACAUGAAUGGAUACACAAAAGGUGCACGGAAUGAACUAUUUGCACUUCGUUCUGCUCCAAUUCAGGCAAUGUGGCUAGGAUACCCUGGAACAAGUGGUGCCCUAUUUAUGGAUUACAUUAUUACUGACAAAUUAACCUCACCUUUUGAUGUAGCAGAACAAUAUUCUGAAAAGUUGGCGUAUAUGCCUAAUACAUUUUUUAUUGGAGACCAUGCCAACAUGUUUCCACACCUUAAGAAAAAGGCAGUGAUUGAUUUCAAGUCCAAUGGCCAUAUUUUUGACAACCGCAUUGUUCUUAAUGGAAUUGACUUAAAGGCUUUCUUGGACAGCUUGCCUGAUGUUAAGGUAGUCAAGCUAAAAUGUCCUGAUGGCCAAGAGUGUGGUGAUAGUAACUCUGCCCUCUCAAUGCCUGUAAUUCCCAUGAAUACAGCUGCAGAGGCUAUAAUUAAUAUGAUCAACCAGGGGCAGAUCCAGGUUACCAUUAAUGGCUUUACUGUCAGCAAUGGCCUUGCAACAACACAGAUAAAUAACAAAGCAGCAACUGGAGAAGAGGUACCUCGCACAAUUAUUGUAACAACUCGUUCCCAAUAUGGACUUCCUGAAGAUGCCAUUGUUUAUUGUAAUUUCAAUCAGCUUUACAAAAUUGAUCCACCAACUCUUCAGAUGUGGGCUAAUAUUCUGAAACGUGUUCCAAAUAGUGUACUUUGGCUUUUGAGAUUCCCUGCUGUUGGAGAGCCCAAUAUUCAACAGUAUGCACAAAACAUGGGCCUGCCUUCCAGUCGUAUUAUUUUUUCCCCUGUUGCACCAAAAGAGGAGCAUGUACGUAGAGGACAGCUUGCAGAUGUUUGCCUCGACACACCUUUGUGCAAUGGGCACACCACAGGCAUGGAUGUAUUGUGGGCUGGCACUCCUAUGGUUACUAUGCCAGGAGAAACACUUGCAUCACGUGUCGCAGCUUCUCAGCUAACCUGCUUGGGAUGCAUAGAACUUAUUGCCCAAAAUAGACAAGAGUAUGAAGAUGUGGCUGUGAAACUUGGAACAGAUAUGGAAUACCUAAAAAAGAUUCGUGCCAAGGUAUGGAAGCAGCGGAUUUGCAGCCCACUCUUCAACACUAAGCAGUACACUAUUGACCUAGAGAAGCUGUAUUUGCAAAUGUGGGAACAUCACAGUACAGGAAUCAAGCCUGAUCAUCUCGUUAAUUUUAAACAGCUGGAAACCACUGAGACAGCCUGAUUCUUUCUGGAUGAACCUUUUCAAGUUGUCUAAACACUCUUUAAAGAUGCUGAUUUUUUUUUCCUUUGUACUCAAUUAUUCAACCCCUUUAAGAGAGACUCCACUCAUGCCGAGCGCAGUUACUGGAGCUAAAAGCAGAAAGGGGGUCAUGGUGAGGUUUCUUUGACUGCAGAUAUUUGCAGCAUUUCUCAAAGUCCAUUUUAAUGGCCUCCUCAAUUAAUGACUUAAGACAACUGACAGUGCUUUGUGAAGAAUUUUGAUGCUUGUAGAGUGCUGAGGAUCUAAGACAACACAAACACAUGGAUGCAUCAGCAAGACUUGCUUUAUAUUUGUGAUAAGAAUGCAUUCUUAAGUAAAUGCAUAAGAUUGGAUGUAAAACAUUCUAUAAAACAAGAUCAACAUUAACAGGUUUCUGUAUAAUUAGAAGAGGUAAAUUGUUCUGAAAUACCUAAUAAGGUCCUGUGAAAGCUUGUCAUGCCAAACUAACUGGACAGAAGAAUUUUCUUUCGCAGUGUAUUGGAAACCUCCAUGAGUUGCAUCUUGAACAUACCUUCUUUCCUGACCGUUGCAUCUUUUUUUUCUUUUUUCUUUCUUUUUUUUUUUUUUUUUUUUUUAUAUGUGCUUCCUUGAGCUUUUUCAUGUUUUUGCCGAUUGUCUGGUCACCCUGUUUAUAAUUUUCUGUUUCUUGCCUUUAUAGCUGCGUUUCUCAAUCUGAAAUUGAAAUGAAAAUCUGUCAGAUAUAUUAAUUUGUUUCCCAUCUUGAUAUCAGCAGUUGUUCUGCUGUUUAUAGCUUAACUCCAAUUGUCUUUUAAGACAGUGUGUUUGUUUUCAAAAGGGACGGUAGGGAGAGUGAAAUUCUGAACAGAACAAGAUUGUGCCCAGGGUCUUUACAAUUCAGCCAUCCACACAUAAGCUGGUUUCUAAGCAAUCCCUUUUAGACUUCCAAUAUUGUUGUACAACUUCACGUGAAAGAGGUAAAGGUAAGUAUGUCUUUGCCAAGUUUUUGGUAUUUAUUUAUUUUAUUACUGCAUUAUAUGUUGUCUUUCCCUGUUAUUUCUGAAUAGAGCCUACAUGGUUGUGCUGUAAUGGGUUUUUUUGUUUUGUUUUACAUUGUGCACUGUUCUGGUUCAAAUCUUUUAUAUAGUCAUUGAAUUCAGCAAUUUAAUUUGAUACUACAUUGAUUAAAAUACAUAGUAUUGAUUUUGUUUGGGGCACUUGUAAGAAACCAGAUCCAAAUGGUGGUUGUUUAAUUUUUUUGUUUUUUGAUUUUAUUUUAUUUUUUUCUUAUUGAUGAUUGCCAUAAGCAAACCCACAUGGGAUGUCUUAUCACAAUACUGUAUACGGUGGUUAUGCAAGCAGCCAAGUCUUUUAAUGCACUGAGAGAUGUAAAUCUCCUGAAUACAUGUUUACUAAUUUGUGUGGUAAAAUAACUAAAACCUAAAUCCUCACCCCAAAUAAAAUUUUCUUUUUUUGGUGGAAUGGCA